GGUGGGGGCCCUGGCUCCAAGGUCGCCCAGGAGCACAAGGCCGCCCCAGUGCGCGGGGAAGGGGAGCCGGCUCUCCCCUCCCUUGGCAGCCGGAACAGGCGUGGGGAGGCAGCUCCUGGGCUCCCGCCUCACGCCCCCGGGCAGUGGCACCAGGCUGCAGCUGGAUCAUCCCCCUCCCCCCCCCCCGCGGCGCGUUGCAGGGUGUGGGGGGGGGAGCCCUGGGGAGGACCCCUCCCCAUCGGCCUGGCUGUGCACGGAUUCAGCCAGUCAGUGGCACCGAGAGGAGAAACCGCCCUGCCAGCCCCCUUGGAGCGGUGCAGCCCUCGAGUCUCGAAGCUGGCAAGUUGCUGCAGAGGCUGGAAUGUGGAGACCAAGCCAGUAUCCUAAAGGGUUCGGCAUCACUGGCUCAGGCUAGUGGGACCGAGGGACUUCUCUGCCUCGGCCCGUGUUCAGGGCCUUCCUUGGCCCUCCUCCUCUGAAACCACAGCUGAUCCUUGAGUUGGGGAUCAGGGAGCUAUAAAUCAAGCCCAUGCUUUGGGCCCCGAGCCAGUCUAAAAAGCUCUCCCAUAGAGGCCAGGAAAUAUAUCUGAAGGUCAUUGCACGCUUCCCAUCGUGAACCACAGCUCUUGCGGGGCUGGUCCAUUAGAUAACAGCUGGGGUCCGUUCCUUCCAGGCCGGGAAUGUUUCAACCUCUGUAAAGCGUCUGCAUUUUGCAUGCCGUGAGGCACCACAGCCCAGCUGAUACGUGUUAGUGGCUACCCUCUAAUGGAUGUGCUUAAGGCCCUUCUCCAGCAGCUCCCAUCAGUGUGAAUGGAGGGACUCCCAAUUGCUUCCUUGGAUGGGUGCACUUGCACCAUGCAACUUUGGGAUUUUAAAGCUGGUUCGUGCCGUGCUGCUGCUCAAAUCGAUACGUUUCAUUAGGAUUGAGCCCUUGGAGAACGUCUGCUGUGAGAAGCGCUCUCAAACGCCAAAACCGUCCAUCCAGGACCCGUUUGAUUUCAUCCCUGACUGACCCAUGUGUGUGUUAGGCCGGACCUCAGGGCGAGCCCUUGGUGUUGAAAAUGGCUGGUGGCGUGGACGGCCCCAUCGGGAUCCCGUUCCCCGAUCACAGCAGCGACAUCCUGAGCAGCCUGAACGAGCAGAGGAACAACGGGCUGUUGUGUGACGUGGUCAUCUUGGUGGACAGUCAGGAGUUUCCCACCCACCGCUCUGUCCUGGCGGCCUGCAGCCAAUACUUCAAAAAGCUCUUCACCUCAGGGUUAGUGGUGGACCAGCAAAACGUAUAUGAGAUAGACUUUGUGAGCGUGGACGCCCUGUCGGCUCUGCUCGAUUUCGCUUACACUGCGACCCUGACCGUCAGCACUUCAAACGUCAACGAGAUCCUCAAUGCCGCCAAACUGCUGGAGAUCCAGGCGGUAACGGAGGUUUGCACGGAUCUCCUAGAGAGGAAGAUUCUGGCCAAAAAUGACCAGAUGGAUUUAGUAGAUCAAAUUGAUCAAAGGAACCAUCUCAGAGCAAAAGAGUACCUGGAGUUCUUCCAGAGCAACCCCAUCAACGGCCACCAAGGCAACUUUCCAUGGACCAACCAAGACUUGAGAGACCUUCAGAGACUGAAUUUCCAAGGGCAAGAGGAUGACAAGGAGCCGGAUUGCAACGGCAUGGACUUCUACUCACAAGCCCCCCCAAAUGAAAGACCAAAGGUGAACGACGGUGACCCCGACAGCAACCAUGCCAUGUGGCUGGACAGAGAGGAAGAGGAGGCCCCGGGAGCCUUAUUCCCACCUUCCCAGAAUGGACAUUACAGUGGACACAGCCUGACGGCACAAGGAGAAGAGGAGGCAGCUUCAGGGGGUCACCUGGACCAGCAGGAAGCCAGUAACUCUCCCAGCUUCGUUCCUGGGGGAGCAGAGGCUGAGGAGGCUGAGGCUAGAGAGGUGGACGGGCUGGCCGCCAGUGCCCUGCUGCAGCAGAUGAUCAGUUCCGUGGGAAGGCAGCAGCUGGGUGAGGACGACCAGAAAGACGACGACGGGGUGAUGGAUUAUUACUUGAAAUACUUCAGCAGCUCUCAUGAUAGCGACGUGUAUCCGUCCUGGUCCCAGAAGGUGGAGAAGAAGAUCAGGGCGAAAGCAUUCCAGAAGUGCCCCAUCUGUGACAAGGUGAUCCAAGGAGCUGGCAAGCUGCCCCGCCACAUCCGCACCCACACGGGCGAGAAACCCUACGAGUGCAACAUCUGCAAAGUCCGAUUCACCAGGCAGGACAAGCUGAAAGUUCACAUGAGGAAGCACACAGGUGAAAAGCCUUACCUGUGCCAGCAAUGCGGGGCUGCUUUUGCGCACAACUACGACUUGAAGAACCACAUGCGCGUGCACACGGGCUUGCGGCCUUACCAGUGCGACAGCUGUUUCAAGACUUUCGUCCGAUCCGACCACUUGCACAGGCACCUUAAAAAAGAUGGGUGCAACGGCAUCCCAUCCAGAAGGGGGCGCAAGCCCCGGGUCAGAGAUGUGAGCGGCCUGCCCGCCCCCACAGGGAACCCCGAAGACGGAAGCUUUGAAGCUGGUGGCGAGAGACAAGAAUCACAGGAGGACACCGUGCAGAAAAAUGGCCAGGAGCAGCACUUUGAAGAUAGUUCUAACAAUGAAGCAUCAGGAAGAUUGAAUGUAGAGGAGGGGUCGUCAGAGGGUAACACACAAGGACUCUCCUAAACCAAAAAAAAAAAAAAAAAAAAAGUGUCACAAAAUCUAGUUAGUACUUUCCUCCGAUUUCUCUUUAAAAUAUUUCUCUCCCUUUUAAAAAGAUAUAUAUAUAUAUAUAUAUAUAUAUAUAUAUAUAUAUGUUUCCAGUCCUCCCACCACAACCAGUCCCAUGGGGACACCUCUAAUAGCUAAGGACCUUUCGUUGGAAGGCAGAUGCUUAGGAAGUGUGAGAUCAGGAGGGUUGAAAGAUUGGUCUAUAACAUGGAAAGAAGCUUCCAUGCAAAUCCAAAGCUUUAUUUUGUGUCCAGACACACUUUAAAAAACGGCAGAGAUGCAUCUAUUUUAAAAAAAAAACAAAAAAGGCGAGAAAAAUUCCAAGAGGUGAAUGGAUUCUUCCUGGGCAGUCACUACAUUUCGUGCCUCCGUCUGACUGGAUGGGAAAGAAUCGAGUGCAGCUUUCUCUUCAUUGGCAAGUGAAAGCUCCUGAGAUGGUCUUUUGUUGAUCAGGGAUUUGAUUCUGCCGUAGGGAGUUCAGAUCCUUUCUGGCCUGAUGCUGAGCAAAGCUGGCUGAAAUCACCUGGUGCAUAAUUUUUAUAAUGAUAAUUGGAUGGGGGGAAACUGAUGAUAUUUUACAUAUUCAUUUUUUAAGAAUGAUUGCUCAUGCCACGUGGGUGGGUGAUCAGAAUUUUGCAAGGCUGCUCCGAGCAUCACGUUUGAAAUGCCUAGAUGCCAGGUGAAACUGUGACCCUCCCCAGGAGGUUUAGAUUGGCGCUUUGUUCCCGACUGGGAGGCAGGGCUCCUGUGUUCAAUCUUGGCUCUGCCACAGAAUUGCUGGUGACUUCGGGCCAAGUCAUUUUCCUUCUUCAGGGCGCAGCUUCCUCAGCUGUAAAACGAGGCGAACGCUGUUUUGUGUGAGGUUUGGGAAGUGCUUUGAGAUCCGGGAAGUGCUUUGAGAUCCAGGGAGUGCACGUUGCGAUAGGUGCGAACUCCUUCCUCGGCAGAUACACUGGUCCAUUUAGGGGUUACUGCGUGAGGGUCUCUUGGACAAAAAUGGCAGCCCUCUCUGCUCUGUGCAAAGAUCUUUGGGGCACUUUUCCUGAGGAUGUUUGCAGAGUCCUUGGCCAACAUUUCCCCCUCACCCACCCAUUGGGCAGCACAUUUGUAUGCCUCACUCUUAUCCUCCACCCCAGAGGUGGCUGCAUUUCCAUGAGUGCUGCAUGUAUAUAGUUUGUAAUGUGUUGUAGCAUUAAAGGCCCUGUUUUAGUAAGAUAGCCUUGUGGCCACCAAACUUCUCUCUCCCUAGCACACUGAAAACCCUGAAUCGGGCAGGAAUCUGAGCAAUCUAAUAAAAUUCCAGGCAACCUCUGAUUCAGGAAUGAGCUAGUUUUGUACUUUUAUGACUUACCGCCUGCUCUGGUGCUUUGCAAAUUGUGCCCCAACAGGAGCGGAGCGGAGGGUAGAUUUUGCUAGAUCAGAUUGUUGCAUCCUGAAUCCUAACCUUGCCUUUCAAGAUGCAGCAAUUAUUCAAUCUUCCCCGAUGAGUCAGCCUCUCUGAUCCUCCCCUCGAGCUGAAGCUGGAGCUACCUCUGGGAUGUGGCAGGAUUCUUCUGUAUCUUUGGGCCUGCCGGGAGUUAACGAUCAGUAACUGACAAGAUUGGGCGUUUAGUCUUUUGCCACCGUGACAUGGAAUGGACAGCGCCUGUGUGACUGAGCUCUUAGCACCUGUUAUAGCAGCUUUCAUCCUAGGAUCUCAAAGCACUUGAUUAGUUGGUUCUGUUAAGUAAAAGAAUCUCUCGGAGCAGGGUAACCCCCAGUAUAUUAGGAAUCAGAUGAGAGCAUCCUAAAAGCAGUUAAAACCCAGGGUUGUUUUUUUUAGAAAAGGGUUAUUUAAGGUCUUCCUGAAAGGUGCGGGGAAUCUUUCUGGAGAUGGAAGCUGCUGGGGUAGAAAUAAAAGCACUCUGGGGCUGCUUCUCCUUUAAGGCUUUGGAGUUGAGGUUUGGAAUUUAUCUCCUCUGGGGCCCUCAGGCUGGGUCAUUAAAUGCACAGGCUUCUGGGAUGGGUAGUUCUCCGUCAGACUGGCACCAAUGUAUUUACUGUCCAGCAGAGGCAAAGCCUAAUUUAUUUAUUUGAAUAGCGGGCACUGAAAGACUGGCCCAGGGGAUGUGCACAGAGCUAACGUGGUGGGGUGGAGGAGACGGGCGCUGGGGCUGACCGCGCCUCAAGCCCCGUCGUCCUUUCCUUGCUGCGGUUACUAGAAGAGUGCCCAAAGCUUCACCCAGUGCCCAGUUUCAGUCCCAAAAAGAUGCGGGCGUGACCUACGUGUGAGAUGAUCAGAAUCGCAGGCUAACCUGGUCCGAAACGGGCCACGGACUCCUUGAAACAAACGGGAUCAGGGCCUAAUGCUCAGUUACACCAAGGCCUUUACAACCCUCUGCUAGCACAGAAAGACCUUGAAAGUGGCUUGUAAAUUACUCCCACUGUAAUGGGGCCAAGGUGGCGUAGGUGUUAGGCCUGGUCCACACACGGGUUUUGUACCAGUAUAACUGUUUCAGGUAGGGGUGUGACUUUUAACUGAUGCAGCACAGUGCCUGCUGUGGAUACAGUGAUACCAGUAGAAAGAUAUGAGAAGGGAAAUAAGCAAUGCUGGUAUAAGCACCUUUCUACCAGUAAACCUGCAUCCACACUAGAGGGCUUGUACCCCUUUAACUAUUCCGGGACAGGUAAAGGGGUCCAAUGCCCUAAUGUGGACAAGGCCUUAACACUGAGGAUUGUUCCUAACCAGUCCCAGCCCUGAUCUGAAACAUAUCACAUGGGUCAGUCUCAAUCAGUCCCUAUUCCCCAGCUAUAUAGACUCAAGUAUACGGAUAUAAAGUAAAUAUUGGUGUGUACUACCCAGCUCCUCCAGCUUAGCAGAGUCUAGAAAGGGCACCUUUCAGCCAUUCUCCUGUUUUUUAAAUGCACAGUUCAAAAUGAAAAGAGAUUCUAGUCCUUUUAUUUUGAAAGCACUUUUUAGAUUUUAUUUUAAUUUUAAAGUGAGAGCAGGUUUGGCCGAAUGUAAACUGGAGAGGGAGUGAGAGGGGAGUGUGUGAACUGGGGGAGGAGGGCGGGGGGGGGGGUGUAGGGGAGAGAAAGAUGGAUGUUUAUUUAAUGCAGAAAAAGCAAUAAAAAUUUAAAAAACCAUUAUUAAAAAAACAUAAAAAAAAAAAACAACCAAGAAGUCUUAGCACUUUGCGAUGGAACGGGUACUUCGAAAUCACUUUAUCUUAAUUUAAAAAGCAAAAGCGAAACAUGUUUACAAGUUGAAACCAACUUCUAUGGAAAAAAAAUUAUGAAAAAAAAAUUCCUAAAUUUAUUUUUGUAAGAAAAAAAAAAGUGUAUAUAUAUAUAUUAAAAAACAAAACAAACCCCAACCUAGGCAGAAUCCAAUGUCUAUUUCAUGGAAUAAUAAAACAAAAAGAUAUCCAAGGAGAGGAAGGAUGCUAAUUAGGUUCUGUGACAUGACCUGAAAAUAAACCCCUCAGAAGUGAUUGCACUUCACAAAACGGAAGCUUGAAUAUUAGGCAGGAAUCAUGGGUGUUUUUGUUUUUGUAUUUUUUUCCUUCUAUUUUCCUUUUUUUUUUAUUUGUUUGUUUGUUUGUUUCUUAAAUGUCUUAUAGCCAGUGCUAGCCCAGAUGUCUCUCCCAGCUUCCCCCAGGCCCCUCCCGCCCCAGGAGCAUCUUAGCUUGUGUAGCAAGGAGGAAAGAAAGUGUCUCAACUGCUGGGUGAUGUAGUUGAUCAGGGGGAAAGGACCAUGGGACGGGGCAGCCCCUGUGUUCUUCCUUGUUUCAUUUCUUCUCCGAGGGAUACUCAGCCAGGCUUGGGUAGAUGAUGAGAUACGUCUCCUGGGUAUAGAGCUCAAAGCCAAAAGCAUACUCGAUCUUUGAAGUUAAUCUAGCAUUUCCCAGCUCUGCCUCCUGCCACUCCACUGUUUGGACAGCAGUAGACGUGUUUCUAGCAUGAAGCAGGGAUUCAGGUUUGAAGUCAGUUUGUUGAUGUCUAAUUCAGGAUAGAGACUUUUGUGGCUUGAUGAUGCACAUAAACCCUCCUCCUCCCCACUUGCCAUGAGCCCAGUGACUAUUCCAGAAUCAGAUGCUCAGAGUGGAGGGGGGGGGACCCACCUUACAAAUUAAAUACAAAGAAAACAAAUAUCAAAAAUAAUGUCCCCCAUUGCUUUUCUUUACCAACCGAUAGGCUGGUAGCCAGAUCUUUGCCUCACAGGAGCGCCCUGCUUCUAGAGUAACGUAAAAGCCCCCAAAAAUUUCGCACAAGGAAUUCCCCCCCCCCCCCAAGGGUGAAGAGAAUAAAAAGGGUACAAAACCUGGCAGUCCUGACUCAGCGUUUCCCCCAGGGCCUAGGCCCGGCCUUAGUGUCUGAACGUGGGCUCGCUCCAGGGGACACGGAAACCUCUGGGCUGGUGCCUUUGCUUUCAGGCUCUAGUUCCUGUUUGCAGAGCACGAGGCUGGGCUCGGAGGCGCUGUAAGAUCAGGGCCUAGGAGACAAAUUGUUGGGAGAAUGUGCCCUGCCCUCAAGGGGAUGGAAUUGAUGACCUAGGAGGUUUCUUCACCUUUGACUCUUCUGAUCCCAUGACAGUUGAGAUACAUUUUAAUAAGAUGGCUCAGUAGUUAGUUGCAUUUAGUGCCAGAAGCAGGUGUCCCAUCUAUUAAACUGCAGGGGUUGGAGGUUGUCGGUCAGCUGAAAUGUACAGCCAAAGGAGGGACCAUAUGUCUCCAUGCAGCAGCCAACUAAGGGUGACUCUGAAAUGCCCCAAAUCCAAUCCCAGUUUCUCCGUAGUGUUGGUGACAGUGCAGAUGCUGGGUCCUUCCUCCGUGCUGUAAAACACCUUAAUCUUGGCCCCCGCCUUCCCAUCCCAAAGAGAGCGGAGUGGAAUGUCCCAUGACCCGGGCACUAGCUGGAUGUGGCAAGCCACCUCUUCCAGGGAUGAACCUCUGCUUAGCACUGGCUACCUAUUGCAUAUGCAAAAACUAGUGUGGACUUGUAAAUAGACAGUUACUUGAGGUUCUUUAUUGUAAUCAAAAGUUGUGGUAUCUCUUUUCUCGUUUGUGUUACCCCUUCUCUGCCCCCACCACCUUUUAAAGCUUGUGUUUCUCUCCAAACCUCCUUCUGCCAUUUCAGGGGGGGGGAAUCCCCCUCCCCCCUCCAAAAUGGACAGGAAAAAAAUAAGUCUCAGGAUUCUUGUUGGAGAGAGCGAGUCAGACACCUAGAUUCCUUGUGAGAAAUGAGAGCAGCCAUGGGGCCUUGACAGUCCCAGCCUGCCAAGCCCCCAUCUUGGAGAUCCCAGGGUGAGCCACUUUGGAGGUGCUCUCUGCCUCUGAGAAUGAACAAACAGGGAUGGGGCUGUUCUUAAGGGCAAAAGUCCUGUCCCCUCCUCUGUGAAAUCUGCACAGCAGAGCUGGGGCCUGAAUUAAAAGCCCAGAUCCCAGUUCCAAUCCCAGGGCCCCCACCCAAACCAGAACAAUCCCACACUUUGGGAUAGAUCCCCUGAGGAGCUGGAGCAGAAAACUCCCUGGUCAGUCAGUUAACUGUGGGGAUCCGGCGUUCUGGUCUGUGGUUUGGGUUGGGAUCCAUCUCUGCUACAGGCCAGGGGGUAUCCUUCCACCCCCGGAGGAACAGAGGGCAGCUUCCACAUGAUGUAGGAUGGCACUACACCUGCCCUCCACGCCCCCCGACCCACACCCUGCCAGUGUCCUCUCUCCAGAGCGAACCUCCUCUCCCUGUCCCCUGGGGGCCCCUGGGCAGAGGUGGGUUUGGAGGCAGAUCAGCAAUGGCUUCUGAACAGAGAUACCGCACCUUAUAUGUGAUAUGAGAUGCUUUUACCUUUAUUAGAGAUCCGGGGAGCCGCCGCGUGAGCUUUGAUUGAUACAUGAGUGCCGGCAACACUUUAGCACAAGCCUUGAUAAGUUUGCACUAAAAACCAACCAACCAAUCUUCUCCCUUCUCCGUGUAGGGAGGCGUUGCCUCCACGUCCAUUCUGCCUUAACUUUUUGACCUGUCUUACUCUAUGUACCAACCGACGAUGAACAGACUAGUGCAUGCGAAACCUCCCCAAUCAUAUACUGUAUAUAAGCAUUGAUUCUUAAUGUUGUUAAGGUUAUUAUUAUUCUUUUGAAAUUCAGGUUGUGAUAAAGUGUUGCCAAAGAUACUGCUGAAUUAUGACGUUUCAGGAAAAAAAACCAACCCAACCCAUAACUCCUACGAAACAAACAGACAACACCGCGGACUUUUUAGUAUUGCCUCUCUUCGUUUCUUGGUACAAAACAAACCCUGUAAUUUCAGUUGUGAUAUAACUGUGUGUGUGGGUAUGCGUGUCUCAGAGAGUGGGUUCCCCUAGACUGGGGGGAUGCCUGGGUUGUCCAGCCACCCUAGAUGGGGCUUUAUCUGUGGAGUGGGGGUUUCACGGGGGCCAUUUGAGAGCUCUCCUGCUUUGGGGGCUAGUUGAGGAUCCUAAUUGCCCAGCCAUGGGAUCAUAGCUUCUACACCAGUGCCAAUCAGGAAGAACGCCCUUCGAAGUCAGCAGUGUAAGUGGGCUCCGAAACAGGCCUGGGGUUUUUGACACUAAAGACAAAAUGUCGGUGUGGUCCCAUCACCCUCUAGUGUUGUGGGAGGAAAGCACAGAUUGUCCAAUGCACCUGACCCGCUACCCACCCCCCCAGUCUAGAAGGAAACUUACAGAGACGCACAUACUGUCCCAUGUCUCCCAGCCAUGGUGGGAUACAGAGAAGCCACCUCUGCUUGCACCUCUGCUCUAGGAAACCAUGGAUUUGGGUUGCACCCAAGGCUGUCAGGCUCACGGAGGGAAUGCUAUUGUCGUCGUUUUAGGUUGUUAUCUCCUCCCUUCUUUUCCCUUCUCCUCCCCCCACCCUCCCCACAUGAAACCAGUGAAUGUAAACCCGUGACCGUGGCGAAGGGUUAAGGAAGGCGGGGAGAGGUACGGGCAGAACUGCCCAGCUGUGUUGUAAAAGAUCCUGUUUGCGUCCGGGCCUAACGGUGAUGAGAUCAAGAACCGUGAGUUCCAGCGAUUUCUUCAGUCAAUACCAAAGUAUACUCCACCCUCACUGCAGAGCUCUCUCUGGGGGGCAGGAAGGGGAUUUCUGACAGGACCCCUUUGAUCCCUUCCCACAGACCGGGAUUCGUUCUUCGAUUGGCUGCUGCCCCAGCCCAUGUGGGGAACUUUCUGGGGGUGAUGAACCAGCAGGUGGUGGGUGGGCCGAGAUCCUAGUGCUGCGGAAGCUGCCUGACGUGAGCGUGGGGUGUAUUUUCCUCUCCGUUUGUCAUACUCUAG